AUGGAGAUGAAGACCCUGGGCGCAGCGCUUGCUCUGACCUUUGUUGCGGCCUCACUGGUGGCCCAUGUUAGAGCCCAGUCUGUCAAUGACGACCAUUACAAAGAAGUACUGGUCGACUACGAAGAGGCUACUCCCACUCCGAGAGAAGUAGGCCAGUCGUGCAACGCCUACAGCUUGUGCAAGAGUGGCUUGUGUUGUCUACAGGCGGAUCUAAGCAGUCCAAUUACAACCUGCCAGCCUAGAUCGGCGCCCGGCCAGAGAUGUACGGGGGUACAAGCCGAGAGUCCCUUCUACUUAGAUUACUGCCCGUGUCUGAAAGGUGACCGUCUUUUUUCUCCACAUUGCUGA